UAAGGCAGCCUGUCCGGCAAAAGUGAUCACGCUCGUUACCUAAAUAUCGAUUCAUCUCGAUUCAGAUCCAGAAUCGCGAUUAGAUUCAUAGAAUAAACGAUAGAGUUCUUACCGUUCCUUUUUUUUCUCUGUACUCGUUACUUUCUCAAUUUAUGUAUGUAUAAUGUACAUAUAUAUAACUGUACUUUGAACGUUCCUACGAAUUUUGUGAUAGAAUUACGCAUCGACAACACGUCAGUGUCACGAAAAAUAGGCCGUUGAGAGUUUACAGUACUUAGCACCGGGGAAAAUAAAAAAAGAAUGAGCAGGAUGCCACAACGCGUGAAAAGUGCGUCCAACGUAAACAAAACGCAGAUCAAGGAAGAAGCUUCCACAUCGUCCGUUCUUGCUGGGAAUUCUAGCGAUGAUGAUCCGAACGUAGCCGAAGUUGUACUAUCGAAUAAAGGCGGGCCAAAAUUAAUUCACCACGGUUACAUGUAUACAUUGCACAAGAAGCAACCGUACAAUAUCCGAUGGAGAUGUGUUCGCAGAACUAUGCAUUGUAGAGGCAGUCUUAUCACUACCACGAGUUGGACGAAGCCAAGGGUGCGUAUGGAGCACAAUCAUAAGCCAGACUUCGCGGCCGCUCAGAUUGCCAGGAAACGAUACUUGGCUCUUGGCAAACCUAGCGUGUUAACAAACGUAGAGGGAAAUACUGUCAAGUCUAUGAACGUACCACAACGAGUGCUUCACAAGGAGAAUAAUGUACCAGAACAGAAAGGUAGGAGACCGAAGACGCGAGCUACAGCCAGGAAAAUACUACAAUCACCUCAGACCAAUUCAACAGGCAAGACUAUAAGAAUAGCAGCGCAGUCCUUGGUAAGAUCUCAUAUUAGAAAUAUUGCACCAGCACCUAUAUCAGAGCAACAACAGCAACAGCAACAACGACAACCAAAGACUCUUGUGUUAAAAACAAUACCCUUAAAAGUAAAGCAGGUUGCACCUACGACCAUUAAAAUGCCACCCCGACAGAUAAAUCAGGGAGUGCCUCAUAAUAUCGUACACCAACAGCCUACAGAGGUUUGUUUAAGAUGGAACAGUUAUCACAGCAACAUGCAGAACAGUUUCCCAUCUUUAUUGGAUUCUGAACAGUUCGUCGAUGUCACCCUGGCCUGCGAAGGCCGCUCGUUGAAAUGUCAUAAAAUGAUACUGUCAGCAUGCAGUGAUUAUCUCGCUGAUCUAUUACGCGAAAACCCAUGUCAGCAUCCAAUCAUUUUAAUGAAGGAUCUUAAAUUUUGGGAGGUAGAAGCACUAGUCAAAUUCAUGUACCGCGGAGAAGUAAACGUCGCCCACGAUAAACUGCCACAAUUGUUGAACGCAGCUGAGGCUUUACAAGUAAAAGGAUUAGCCGGUCCAAAUCCUUCUUCACGGAAUCCAAAGCCACCUUUACUUAUUCCGCAAUCGAAACCGGUAGUAUCUCAACAAGUUCCUCGAGGCGCUUCAGAGACCAAAGAGAAACCUUCCACUUCUGGAGUUUCUACGCCUUCUAGUCCUAAACGCGCGCAAAAACGACAACACUCGGAACCAAUCGAGCCAAAACCCUUUACAAAGAUACGCUUACAACGACCUGUUACACCGUCACAGAUUACUACGGUUAAGUUGGAACCCCUAGAUAUCCCUCUCAGUCCUACGGAAAUGUUCUCCGAAAAUAACGAGGACAGUUCAAAUCCGUCGAAUUUUGACAAAAUCAUGAGUUUACACGAGGAAGAUGAUCCAGGUGGCAACGAGGCUACCGAUGGCGAAAGAGAAAUUCAUUUCUGCGAGAUACCUGACCCACCCGAUAUAAACGAUAGCGAGGAUCAAAUGGAAUUUGUACCUACGGACUUUUUAGAACAAGAACAAGACAUAGUCGAAGAAACAGAUACAGCCUCGAACAAAGAUUGCAAAGAAGAAGAAUCUAGGGAGGAUUAUAGUUCUGUUGAACUCGAGAUCGGUGAAGGAGACGGAGUCGAAUGUUCAAAAGAAAAGAAGCCGGUUUAGUGAGAUGUUCUGAAUUCAGUAUUUGGUUUGUUUGACGGAAAUGGAGUAAGAUCGUCGUUUCGGAUUUUUAACAAAUUCUUGGAAUUAUCCAGUAUUGCCACGAGACUUUUAUUUUGUUAAUCAAGUAUUGAUUUCAAUGGUUUCCUCUUUUCUUCGAAAUUAAUACAAGAGAGAAUAAUGUAUAUAUACAUAUAUCUAUAUAUUAUUUUUGUGAUAGUGUUUUAUGAAAUCUAUCGUCGCAUUAAAUCAUUAUGCAAUAUAUGCAAUUUUAACUUUAUUUGUGUUUAAUCAGACGGAACGCAACAUGAAGUUAUACAUAUAUCGAGAUUUUACCGUUUGUUCUCAGAGUAAUAUGACAAAUAUUUCAUCGACAUUGUAAAUAGAACGUAAACGAUAAAAAGUAAAACUAUUUUUAUCACUUACCGUAUGAAUCGUAGCGGCUACGUAUACCUUUCGAGUAUUUUCUUCAAGUUCACUGUUCGAAACUGAUAUUUCUAUA